CUCUCAAACACAUUCUUCUUUGAAAAAACGGUUUUGAAAAAGUAUUUCUUCUCUCUCUCUCUCUCUUUCUUUCUUUCCCUUCUACCAAAUUCAACAUUUCAACUACUGAAACAAAUCUUACAAUGGCGGCAGCAACUCGUCGGACAAGCGGACCGGUUCUCCGUUCAGCCUCGCCUUCUCCUUCUGGAAGGUUCUAUUCCCAUAGAAACCCCUCGUCUGCUUUUGCAUCUUCCUCCGCCGCCGCAUUUUCCGCACGCACAUCCUCACCCGGCGGUGCUUUGCUCCGGAGACCCACCUCGCCGACUCGGGUCAGCCUCUACAACCCGGCUCCGUCCGUGCGGUUUUCGUUGCUGGACAGGCCCAGUUCACCGAACCGUUCGGUUUCAGUGUCGAACCGGAGCAGCCCGGUGGUUCAAAGGCCUCAGAGUCAGAAGCGGACCUGUAUGUGCUCUCCGACGAACCAUCCCGGUUCAUUUCGCUGCAGUUUGCAUAAGGGCAGUGCUGGGAAUAGUCACGGGCAUACGGCGUCGUACAGCUCUAAUUCGAACCGGUUGAAUAUGAGGCGCUCGGCGAUGAAGAAUUCGCUGGUGAGAAUCGGAACCGUGGAGGGCGGCGAUUGGGUGAAAAGAGCCCUUGCUUCUUUAAUUCGACCUUCGUCUCAUCAACAGCGCCGCCGUGAUGAUUUCAAACCACGGCCCAGUCGCCUUUCCGUCAUGUCUAAAGAGUGAAAGAUUUGCUGAAGCUUGGAUCCAGAUUCUUGCGGGGAAAAAAGCCUAAUUGGGUCGAUUGUGAAGGACCCUUUCCGGAAUGUGAAGAUUGAAUGCAGAAAACCAGAGAAAAGUGCGGCGGUGAUGACGUCAGCAGGAGUGGAGGUGACGUCGGAUUGAGUCUGUAUAGGAGGAGGUGUGCUGUGGAGGAGCAAUUCGGAGCGGGACUUGUUUUUUGUUGUCUCCGGUGACCGAAACCCUCGAAAUUCCGGCCACCAGAGACUUUGCCGUUUUUAAUACUACUUAAUUUCUUUUUACCUGAAACUGUGGAUAAGAUGGGCGGGAGUCGGGGACUUGAUAUUAUUACAAAUGAAUUCCGGACUUUAAAAUUCAUUAAUGAUUAUUAGCGUCUAAAAGUUUUUAGCUAAAUUAUCAUUCAUUGAUCGUCCCUUUCUUUAUUCGAUUUUCAUUUCCAGUUAGAAUUCGAUUUUUUUUCUAGAUACAUAUAUUUGCGUCCUCUUUAGUUUAAUCCCCUUCAAAGUUCAAACUGGCCUUCCAAUUUCCAAUCCUCCUUACAAAAAACGUUAUCUUUGUCCGUCUACCAUUUUGUAUUCCUUUUUAUUUUUAUUUUUUUGGGGGUCUGAAACAUUUGUCCUCUGUUUCUGAUUAUUUCUGGCCGCCGUGGUGUUGGGUAUAGUCAUUGGGUUCAUUGAGAUGGUUGUGAUUGAACUGGAAUUACUCUUCUUCCUGUUAAUUGGUUAAUUGAAUCUGUGUUCUUUUUUUUUUUUAUUCAUAAAAUUCAUCAUGUGUUUGUUACUGAUGGAACGAUUCUUCUGUGUUGGUGUUUUUACAGGUAAUCUUUUGUUUCAAAGAAGUUGGGUUGUGAAUAUGCGUGGAUUUGACCCAAGGAAACACGAUUUGCGUGGGAGGGAAUUCUGGAAUAUCGGACCAUGUUUGACUGACAUUUUCAUUCGAUACCCUUGCACACUAAGGUUACAACCAGAAUCAUCAAAACCAAUAAGUGAAGUCAAAAAGAAACCCCCAUAAGACUAAGACUAGUUGAUCAAUGAUCUGGUUCCAUUCCUUUAACUGGCAUGAAAAUUGUGUUGACCAUGAGAAAAAGCAGGCCAUGAGAAUCCUAACGUUAGGUGAUGUAAAAAGAGAAUCGGAGAUUUGAAAAUUAGAGGUGAUUUCAGAAGUAAUUGAGGCGUUCAUGACCUGUUUUUUAGUCCACGCCAUGGCUAGUAUAGAUUUGGUGGUAGCUGAUUCACUACCAAUAACUUCUUAGUCAAACACACAGUUUAGUAGUUCUAACAAUAAGCACCUUUGUUAGCCAAUCAAUCCAACCAACCCACAGGAUUCAUAAGUUUCCCAGGUUUUGGGAUGUUCUAACUUCUCUUCACCUGUUUCAGUAAACGAGAUCACCGUAACUCUAGGUUACCACUAGUGUUACUACUGGAUUAAAGUAAAUUCAGUUUGGCACCGAAAUUGCUAAUGUAUGAAAGUGUAGUCCACCGAAAUUUCAAAUGGACAAUGGCUUUCACUCAAGUAAGAUGCUUGAUCGAGACCGGGAUGGCUACAAUGCCAUACAACUUGAUGAAGAAAAAGUAGCCUAAAGGUCUCAUCAUCUAUCCUUUUCAGAUAGGCCCUCACGAGUUACUUUAUCAUGUAGUUCGGAUAAGGUAUUGAAACCCGAAAGUGAUAGCUCUCCCAAUGGAAACCUUUGAGCAGAAUAGUUAAUUUGUUCUUUAUCCUCUGAGGGGGUCUGCCCAUUUGCUACUCCACUUUUAGUUGUUUGGCUAAGGAGAGGGAAAAAAACUGUUUUUUUGAGUUAAACAACCUUAUCCCUGAUCGAUGAAGGUCGACCUGAUCACUAUUAAACGGUCAUGAGGACUGUACCCCGCUGAUUUGGUUAGCUUAUCUUAGAGUUUGUUCAUGUCUAGAUUACAUUGUAAACCCCAUGUUCCAUUAAACUAAUGUAAGGAGAACACAACAUUGGAUUGACAUUCCUGAGCUUCAUAGCUCUCAAAUUAAGCGUUUUAGUCUUUCUUUGAUACCAAAAUAAUUGAUCAAUUAAAGAUUCUUACAUUAAAACUAAAAGUUUGACACUUAUUUGAGGACUAAGAAAAUGGUACUCUCUUUGUCGCACAAAUUAUUGUCCAAUUUAGAUUAUCAUGUUAUGUUAUUUUUUUUUUUUUGAAAAAGAAACACUUCAAUUAUUAGCUGGAUGAGAGCCGAUUCAGAGGAAACGACCAAAAGAUGUCCCUCAGUUUACAAGACUUAUCAUAAUUUGCUAUUGCAUGAGCAAUAGAAUUCUCUACACGACUAAUUCAACAAACAUUCAAAUUCGGAAAACCAUCUAAAAGGUUUUUAAUUUCUUGAAUGAUUGGGAGGGCAUUUUGCGGACCAUGAAGAUCUCCUCUGGCAGUCAGGAUGGCGUUAUUAGAGUCCCCAACAAUCUGGAAAUCAUGCAGGUUCGGGUUAUCUGCCGUUCUAAGAGCUUCCUUCACCGCAACCAGUUCUGCCAGCUCCGAAUCCAUGAUGUUUUUGAAUCAUCACGUUUAGUAUAAUUUGAACUGAAAAUGAGAAUUUAAAGUAGUUUGUACUUUUUAGCAUUAUUGAAAACCAGGAUCUGUGCAACCAUCCCAUUGAUAGAGGAAACAAGGGGCACAAUCACUCCGGAUUGAAAGCGGCCCAUUGGCCCCCCGCACAUUGGAGAAUUGACGACGAUCUGAUCUCCAUACUUUAUUAAGUUUUGUGGGGCACCGACUCCAAUUGCCCUUGUUUUCCAAAUUUCAAUCAUCGUCACUGUCGUCUCAACAAAAGUUAAUUUAUCAGUUAAUUUGAUAAAAAUAAUUGUAUAAACAACUUAAAACAGUGUACAAGUUGUAUAUGACAGAUGGAGUAUUGUUAAAUAUCUUUUGUGUAUAAUAUUAUAGUCAAAUGAGCUGAUUAGAUCAACGAGAAAAGGGUCGCAGGUUGAGCUAUUAAAAUAAAGGAGAUGCAUGCAUAUGAUUAUACGACGGCGUAGAAGGUUAAGAUAUCAGAGGCUGCUCAAUCCCAGUCAAUUUAGCACGAGGUAUAUAUACACACGAGGUAUAUAUACACACUUACUCCACAUCGCAUUAGUAUUUCUGUACUUUGAAUGCUUUGGAAGCC